GAGAGGGAGCCGAACGACCAUUUAAAGCGAUAGCAAUCCCUGCCCUCUCCCCAGUGCUGGGCUGUUGGAGAGAGCGAGCUGCACGCUGGUGAGCGCGAGCGCAGCACGCCGGCCGGCGGCGAACCAGAGAGCGCGAGGCGCCCCAGGCUGGCAGACACCUCGGGACCCCUCACCCUCUCCGGUGGCCCCUCCCCGGACUCUCCCACCCUUCGUGCCUGGAGGAGCCCCCGGGCUUUCCCAGAGGAGCUCGCCCAGAGGGACCCGGACCUCGGUGAGCCCACCACCCUCCCCUCCAGCGCCGCCGCCGCCACCGCAGCAGCCGGAGCAGCAUGGUCCAGCUGAGGAAGCUGCUCCGCGUCCUGACUUUGAUGAAGUUCCCCUGCUGCGUGCUGGAGGUGCUCCUGUGCGCGCUGGCGGCGGCGGCGCACGGCCAGGAGAUGUACGCCCCACACUCAAUCCGGAUCGAGGGGGACGUCACCCUUGGGGGGCUGUUCCCCGUGCACGCCAAGGGUCCCAGCGGAGUGCCCUGCGGCGACAUCAAGAGGGAGAACGGGAUCCACAGGCUGGAAGCGAUGCUCUACGCCCUGGACCAGAUCAACAGUGAUCCCAACCUACUGCCCAACGUGACGCUGGGCGCGCGGAUCCUGGACACUUGUUCCAGGGACACUUACGCGCUCGAACAGUCGCUCACUUUCGUCCAGGCGCUCAUCCAGAAGGACACCUCCGACGUGCGCUGCACCAACGGUGAACCCCCGGUUUUCGUCAAGCCGGAGAAAGUAGUUGGAGUGAUUGGGGCUUCGGGGAGUUCGGUGUCCAUCAUGGUAGCCAACAUCCUGAGGCUCUUUCAGAUCCCCCAGAUCAGUUAUGCAUCAACGGCACCCGAGCUAAGUGAUGACCGCCGCUAUGACUUCUUCUCUCGUGUGGUGCCGCCCGAUUCCUUCCAAGCCCAGGCCAUGGUAGACAUUGUAAAGGCCCUUGGCUGGAAUUAUGUGUCUACUCUCGCAUCCGAAGGAAGUUAUGGAGAGAAAGGUGUGGAGUCCUUCACGCAGAUUUCCAAAGAGGCAGGUGGACUCUGCAUUGCCCAGUCCGUGAGAAUCCCCCAAGAACGCAAAGACAGGACCAUUGACUUUGAUAGAAUUAUCAAACAGCUCCUGGACACCCCCAACUCCAGGGCCGUCGUGAUUUUUGCCAACGACGAGGAUAUAAAGCAGAUCCUUGCAGCAGCCAAAAGAGCUGACCAAGUUGGCCAUUUUCUUUGGGUGGGAUCAGACAGCUGGGGAUCCAAAAUAAACCCACUGCACCAGCAUGAAGAUAUCGCAGAAGGGGCCAUCACCAUUCAGCCCAAGCGAGCCACGGUGGAAGGGUUCGAUGCCUACUUUACAUCCCGCACACUUGAAAACAACAGAAGAAAUGUAUGGUUUGCCGAAUACUGGGAGGAAAACUUCAACUGCAAGUUGACGAUUAGUGGGUCAAAAAAAGAAGACACAGAUCGCAAAUGCACAGGACAGGAGAGAAUUGGAAAAGAUUCUAACUAUGAGCAGGAGGGUAAAGUCCAGUUCGUGAUUGAUGCAGUCUAUGCUAUGGCUCAUGCCCUUCAUCACAUGAACAAGGAUCUCUGUGCUGACUACCGGGGUGUCUGCCCAGAGAUGGAGCAAGCUGGAGGCAAGAAGUUGCUGAAGUAUAUCCGCAAUGUUAACUUCAACGGUAGUGCUGGCACUCCAGUGAUGUUUAACAAGAACGGGGAUGCACCUGGGCGCUAUGACAUCUUUCAAUACCAGACCACAAACACCAGCAACCCUGGUUACCGUCUGAUCGGGCAGUGGACAGAUGAACUUCAGCUCAAUAUAGAAGACAUGCAGUGGGGUAAAGGAGUCCGAGAGAUACCCCCGUCAGUGUGCACACUACCAUGUAAGCCUGGACAGAGAAAGAAGACACAGAAAGGAACUCCUUGCUGUUGGACCUGUGAGCCUUGUGAUGGUUACCAGUACCAGUUUGAUGAGAUGACAUGCCAACACUGCCCCUAUGACCAGAGGCCCAAUGAAAAUCGAACCGGUUGCCAGGAUAUUCCCAUCAUCAAACUGGAGUGGCACUCUCCCUGGGCUGUGAUUCCUGUCUUCUUGGCAAUGUUGGGGAUCAUUGCCACCAUCUUUGUCAUGGUCACUUUCAUCCGCUACAAUGACACGCCCAUUGUCCGGGCAUCUGGGCGGGAACUCAGCUAUGUUCUUUUGACCGGCAUCUUUCUUUGCUACAUCAUCACUUUCCUGAUGAUUGCCAAACCUGACGUGGCAGUGUGUUCAUUCCGGCGUGUUUUCUUGGGCUUGGGUAUGUGCAUCAGUUAUGCAGCCCUUUUGACGAAAACAAAUCGGAUUUACCGCAUAUUUGAGCAGGGCAAGAAAUCAGUGACAGCUCCCAGACUCAUAAGCCCAACAUCGCAACUGGCAAUCACUUCCAGUUUAAUAUCAGUUCAGCUUCUAGGGGUUUUCAUUUGGUUUGGUGUUGAUCCACCCAAUAUCAUCAUAGACUAUGAUGAACAUAAAACAAUGAACCCUGAGCAGGCCAGAGGAGUUCUCAAGUGUGACAUUACAGAUCUCCAAAUCAUUUGCUCCUUGGGAUAUAGCAUUCUUCUCAUGGUCACAUGUACUGUGUAUGCCAUCAAGACUCGGGGUGUACCAGAGAAUUUUAAUGAAGCCAAGCCCAUUGGAUUCACUAUGUACACGACGUGUAUAGUAUGGCUUGCCUUCAUUCCAAUUUUUUUUGGCACUGCUCAAUCAGCGGAAAAGCUCUACAUACAAACUACCACACUUACAAUCUCCAUGAACCUAAGUGCAUCAGUGGCGCUGGGGAUGCUAUACAUGCCGAAAGUGUACAUCAUCAUUUUUCACCCUGAACUCAAUGUCCAGAAACGGAAGCGAAGCUUCAAGGCGGUAGUCACAGCAGCCACCAUGUCAUCGAGGCUGUCACAUAAACCCAGUGACAGACCCAACGGUGAGGCCAAGACAGAGCUCUGUGAAAACGUAGACCCAAACAACUGUAUACCACCAGUAAGAAAGAGUGUACAAAAGUCUGUUACUUGGUACACUAUCCCACCAACAGUAUAGCUUUUGACUGCUUUCCAAAAGGUAAGAAAACAACCUAAUUCUUAUUUAUUUAUGUGUUCUUGUCUCCAAUGAGAAUUAGAAAUGUUUCAGUGGAAACUGUGCAUGAUUACCUGAAAGUAUGUCUAUAGGAAGAAAUGAAUUUUGAAAGAUGAUCUAUUUUAUAAGCUUAGUGCCAGCAGCUGCCAUUGGUAAUAUGCUUGCUUAAUUUUUUACAGGGUGUGUUUAUGAGUAUGUACACAUUUGUUUUUCCUGAACAAGUAGGCAGUAAUUACAGAGAACUGGUGGUAGUCAUUCUGACACAUUCUCUACUU